AUGGCGUCGAUACCCGUUGUGGUGAAGCACCAGGGCAAGAAGUACGAUGUCGAGGUUGAUCCCGAGUCGACCGGCGAGACCUUCAAGUUUCAGCUCUACAGCUUGACCGGCGUCGAGCCAGAGCGCCAGAAGGUGCUCAUGAAGGGCGGGCCCUUGAAGGACGAUGCAGACAUGGGCAAGUUUGGCCUGAAGCCCGGCCAGGCCAUCAUGAUGAUGGGCACACCUGGUGACAGCGGCGCUGUCCUGGAGCGUCCCAAGGAUGCCGUCAAGUUUGUCGAAGAUAUGACCGAGGCCGAGGCCGCCCGGCUGGAGGGCGCCACCCCGGCCGGCCUUCAGAACCUGGGCAACACUUGCUACAUGAACUCGACACUGCAGACCCUCAGGGCCAUCCCCGAGCUGCAGAACGCCCUGACCAAGUACGAGCCGGCCCCCGCAAACUCCAUCACCGGCACGCUGCCCCAGCUCGACCUGACCAGACAGCUGCGCGAUCUCUGGAAAUACAUGUCCGAAACCCAAGAGCCCGUCGUCCCCCACGCCUUUCUGAGCGCCCUUCGCACCGCAUACCCCCAGUUCGCCGAACGCUCACGAAGCGGUCCCGGCUUUGCUCAACAAGACGCCGAGGAGGCUUGGUCGCAGAUCAUCAGCCAGAUUCGACAGAAGGUCAAGACGCAGGACUCUCCCGAGGCUGCCGAGGCUUCUUUCAUCGACCGCUACAUGGGGGGAGAGUUCUCGAGCGUCUUGGAGUGUGAUGAUCCCGCUGCCAAGGAGGCCGGAGAACAGCCAGUGAGCACCAAGGACGCUUUCCUGAAGCUGAACUGCCACAUCGACACCUCUACAAACCACCUGACCGACGGCAUUAAGAAUGGCCUAGUUGAGAAGAUUGAGAAGAAGUCAGAUGCUCUUGGCAGAGAAUCUACUUACACCAGAACCUCCCGCAUCUCGCGGUUACCCAAGUAUCUGACCGUCCACUUCGUUCGUUUCUUCUGGAAAAGGGACACCCAGAAGAAGGCCAAGAUCAUGCGCAAGGUUACCUUCCCUCACGAGUUGGACGUUGUCGAGUUUUGUGAUGACAACCUGAAGAAGAUGCUCGUUCCGGUUCGGGACAAGGUUCGCGAGAUCCGCAAAGACGAGGAGGACAUUGAGCGUGCCCGUAAGCGCCGCAAGCGCAACAACGAAGGAGGCGACUUGGGCGACAUUCCCGGCGGCAUGGGUGCCAAAUUGGACAAGAAGGAUGCCGAGCCGGACAAGAAGGACAAGAAGACGACUGCCGACGGCGAUGUUGAGAUGACUGAGACCUUCAAGACGGACGCCGAGAUCGACGCCGAGAAGGAUGCUGCGCUUCUCGCUGCAAAGAAGGAGCUCAACGGGCUCAUCGACCCGGGCUUGGCGAAGGAUGACGGUGCCAACCAGUCAGGUCUGUAUGAGCUGCGCGGUGUUGUCACGCACCAGGGCGCCAGUGCAGACAGCGGUCACUACACUGCAUACGUCAAGAAGCAGGCCCCCAUAGACCCCAAGACCGGGAAGAAGAAGGAUGAGGACGACAAGUGGUGGUGGUUCAACGAUGACAAGGUCUCAGAGGUCACUGCCGACAAGAUUGAGGCCCUGGCUGGCGGUGGUGAGUCCCAUUCGGCUCUGAUCCUGCUCUACAAGGCCAUCCCGCUGCCGUCGGCCGAGGGCGUCGUUGAGUAA